CCCCGUCAAACUCGUUCUAACCGACGAUAGGCGUGUGUGCUGAAGUUCCGCAGCGACCGCCCCCCUCCCAUGUCUCCGGUGUUCAGCACAACGGAUUCGAAACUGAAGCAAGGAGUCACAUAUAGGUAGCCUUUUCUUGGUCAGUACUUUCUUAUCCUCUUUUCUCAAAUGCGAAUCACAUUUUUCAUCGGUGGACGCCCAGCCAGACCCAUUCGCAUCUGUCCUUCUUUAACGCUUGAAAAUUGUUUCUGCAACUUUAACUGCAUGAAUUUUUAAGUGCUUUUCUUGGGGAGUUGGCCCGCACUACAGCAUUGCCCCAGUGUGUCAGCAAGGUUCCAACUUUGUGGUACAGGGUGAAUGUCAAAAUGUGUGAAGGUUGAUGGCUCCAUUGAAGAGUAACAGAGCGGGUGCGAGUGAGUUAUAGAGGAGUCCCUCUUACGUACGAAGUCUAUCUUUGGAUAAAUGAAGGAGUCGAGGUACAGGCUUUUUUGAAGGAUGGAGCACAUUCACGACAUGAAAUGCAAAAUAGUGGUCGUUGGGGAUAGUCAGUGUGGAAAAACAUCCCUGCUGAGCGUAUUCGCGAAAGACUGCUUUCCAGAGGGAUACGCUCCUACGGUGUUUGAAAACUACACUGCUAGUUUUGAAAUCGACACUCAGCGAGUUGAAUUGAGGCUGUGGGACACAUCUGGGUCACCUUAUUAUGACAACGUACGUCCACUGUCCUAUCCUGAUGCAGAUGCAGUCCUCAUCUGUUUCGACAUCAGCCGCCCAGAAACCUUGGACAGCGUGCCAAAGAAGUGGAAAAGUGAGAUUCAGGAGUUCUGCCCCAACACAAAGACACUGCUGGUGGGGUGCAAGUCGGACCUGCGCACAGACCUGUGUACUUUUGUGGGAUUCUCUAAUCAUGUUCCGCCACCCGUGUCAUAUGACCAGGGUCUGAACAUGGCCAAGCAGAUCUCGGCCCCAUAUCUGGAGUGCUCGGCCCUGCAGUCUGAGAACAGCGUGAGGGACAUUUUUCACGUGGCCACUCUGGCUUGCGUCAACAAGGGCCACAAGAAUGUGAAACGCCACAAGUCCUCGAGGACCACCAAGAGAUGGCCCAGCCGGCCAGAACUGGGGACAGUAGGAUCCGAUCUUAACAAAUCCAAAGCUAAAAGCUGUACGGUCAUGUGACAUGGAAAAGAAUGUAUGUGGUGAACACAUGACUUACUUGGGAUUAUUGUUCUUAAGAUGUGUGAUUUUUUCCUUCGGAUUUUGUAUGAUAAGCCAUCCAUCCUUAGGAUACAUAGGAAGUGAAGGGACGAUCUUUUGCACUUUAAAAAUGACAUGGAAUCUUAGAAGGAAUUGUUAUUGAGAGAGCUUUUGAAGGACUUCACCCAGAGCAAAACGCAUAAUGAAGACCAAGCCCCUGGAUGACAUGUCUGGACUUGUUCCCUUUUGUAUCAUUCUCAAAAUGUAUCUGGUACUCUGUGUCCCCAGAUAUGCUUCAUUUAGGAUUGAAACUCAAAGUGUGUCCUUCUGGUACUGAGCGUGACUUCAGAGUCAUAGGGUGACCUAAAGGAAGAUACUAAUGUAGGUACAUAUGAUGUGCUCUAUAUGUGUGGUCAAAGUGGAUGUGUGUGUGUGUGUGUGUAUGUUUGUGUGUUUUCUCUUUGGAGUACACUGUGCUUUAAGAAUCCAGCAGUGCAUAUGACAGAGUUCCCAUAAAAUGAUUUUCAAAACUGCAUUCCUUUGUACUUAGGUGUGGUCUCAGAUCCUCGUUGUUUGCCAGUAAAUCACAACUAAGGCUUUCGAAAGCCACAGUUGUCAGUCAUCAUUUCUCUGUGUAAUUUUAUAGAAUAAACAAGAACAGCUACUUAAUACUUA